AAUAAGGGGGUGCUUGUGUCCCUCUCUCCAAGACUGGCUGCACAGUGUGGAUAUAGCUUAACUGUUGACUUCUUGGGAAAUGCCAAGUUCCUUGCUUCUGUGGUGAGCUGCUUUGCUCGGAACACAAAUGAUGAGACCUACAAGCUGACAGUACAAAUCAGUGUCUUCUCAAACAGUGCUAUGACUUCAGCUUCCUCCUAUGUUCAGAGCAUGACAUGCCGCUAUUCUCCAUGGGCAGAGAGGGAGAUUCUGUGUGAAAGAAACUACAUGGAGGUUUCUGUGAGAAGAGGUGUGCCACUUAUUGAGCCAAACUUUGUUCAAGAUGAUCCUGAUUGGUCCCUUGCGUACCCAGAGGCAACUGCUGCUGACAACAGCAUCUGGAAAAUUGUGUUCCAUCUCCCAGCAAAUAGAAAGACAACCAUGACUGUUGCUCAGGCCAUGACAAAUGGCUAUGGCAUAAACACUACACCAACUCGAAUUCUGGUUAGAGCUGCAUAUAACUCCACAGAAAGCCAGCCUCAGGGGAUCCAAACUGUACCAAUGGCUGUGCUAAGAUCAACCACCUUUUAUAAGCAAAGAUGGAUGGUCAUGAUGGUGGACACUGCAGUUACAUGUCCUACUGAUGGAACCACCUUCACAGAACAGAUGAUUACAUGGAAUGUUCCCUGUGUUCUACCUCCUCUUGUUCCGACACCACAAAUUACUACCCUUGAUGUUCAAAUGGGAGUUGAUGGCCGCAAGCUUGACCCUGCAACAAUUCAUAAUAGAGAUUAUAAACUGGAUGUCGGUCCCCAGCUAAUCACUGUGAAAAUUCCUGUGGGAGCUGAUGGUGGAUAUUACAAGAGCCAUGUAUUGGACAACACCUAUGUGAUCUCUUACUCUAUUGAACCAAUGCUAGAGCAUACCUGGCAAGAUGGGCCUGAGAAGACCAAGUACACAGUACUUCAUCCAAUAACCACUCCUUUCAUGCCUCGGCCACCAGUUGUCACAAACAACACUGUUCCUAAAGCCAGAGUGUUCAAGGUGAUACCCUGGGGACAUUCCUGCCUGAUGUGGAGCUGGUCAGAAUUAUAGUUGGACCAGAGACGUUAACUGUGCCAGAAGCCAACCUAAAAGGUUAUAAUGUCCAGGAGCAUGUCUUUCCCAAUGGAUCCAAGACCUACACUCUCCAGGUGCCAUUUGAGGACCCCAAUGUGAAGCAAAAGGUAACAUCCCACCUGUUCAACUAUUCAAUUGCCCUUUGAAAACACUUGCUUCCUGUGGACGUGUUUGCUUGCUGUCUGACUUUGGAGGAGUUACCUGAAAGAAGAGCAAAGGUUUGUAGGAUUAAACCCAGACACCAGAACCUACAUUCUGCCCCUGACCUACUUGCUGAAUAUAGUGCCAGAGAAUACACCCUUUACUCAUCCUGCUGUAGUCGAAGCCAUUCUCAAAGACAUCAUUCCACCUACAGUAACUGGCUACUGUGAUGGUGCUGCGUUCUAUACCAUGGUAACAUAUGGCAACAUGGGUCGCAACUGGAUUCCUUUUGUGGGCUCAAGAGAACUUGGUGGAAGUCUGCUUGCCCUGUACAAGUAUAAUGCCAACUCUACCAAUUUCUGGAUGAUUGUGCCAUACAAUUCAGUUGAUGCCACAUAUGAAGUGAUCAGUUCUUCAGGCAUCAGAAGCAGACUUGACUUGACCUUGAAGGAUAUUGGGACCAUGGUUGUGGUGGCUGACUUCUCUCUGUCCUGCAGUUUCCCUACAAAGAUGAUUGAUUGCUUCACCAAUGGAACUAUGGCAGCUCUUGCUGUGAAAGUGGAAUCUGUCCCCAGCUUGUCUCCAAGUCAACUAACUCUAAGGGAUCCGAGUUGCCAGCCUCUUCAGUCUGAUG